AUGGCGGAGAUGGUGACGGUGGCAGUGUUGAUGGGUAAGGCAGAGAUGUCGGUGUCGUGGGACAUAGAGAACUUCCAGAUCCCCAAGGUCUGUGACACCCAUGCCAUCUCCCAGAAUAUUAGUUCUGCACUCAUUAAGAUGAAGAAGAAGGGAGUGCUAGAGACGAAGAGUCCAGGGAUGCUAGGUCUCAUAUGCAUCAUUUCGGAACUCAUCCAUCUCAUUCAAUUGCAAGGUUCUCUUUUCACCGGUAGCUUGCAUGUCGAAAUUAAGUGUCUUGAUAGCCCAAUAAACUUUAUACUCAAGUUCCAGGGUAAGUGA